UCUCACAAAGCCAUUCUACGGGACAUGACCGGUCUGACGUCAGAGAGAAAUUUACUGAGCGCUUGGAGGAGUAGCAGUUCGCUUGCGGCUAACAUUUCUGUGUUCGUGGUCGCCGCCAUUGUCCUCGGUGUUUCCGGUGACGUCAGCAGUUCUGCCUUCACAAGAGGAGACGCAGUCUCGUUCUCGUAUAUCUCCUACUUUAUCCUGGUAGUCGGUGGGUCCUGUUGUAUCACGUUUUACCUCCUGGUUCCCGAGAAAACCCAAACCUGUGAAGAUGCCAAAACCCAGUUCAACGGGUGCUGUUACAGGUCAAAGGUCGUUCAUCCGUACGGUAGCACGAAGGCUAGCAACUUACGGAGGGGUUCCAAUAUGGCGACGCUGACUGUAGACACUGGCAAGAUGUCGGAGAGGAAACGGUCACUUUCUGGUGGUUCCAGCCAGCUUAUGUCCAGAAGACAAUCUGAUGGACAAACCAGAUCAUCACAAACACUCCAACCAAUAAAUAACGAGGAAACCAGGACAAAAUCACCACGUAAUUUUUCGAAAACUGGACACCUUGUUAUAAAUGUUCAAAAAAUGACAGAUGGCAAUAAAAUGGCAACUGGGAGCAAGGUUCAAGGACCAGACAACAACAAAGUGACAGUUCAAAGUAAAGGUCAAGUGAAUACUGUUAAGGCAGCCACAUCUGGAUUAACCAACAACGAAAAGUUAAAAGCACCGACUACACCAGAAAAGGAUAAAUUGGUCGCUACAAAUACAGAGAAGUCUCAGACACAAACACCAAACCUCGAUCUGAAGAAAACCGCGAACUUGGUUGUUAACACUAAGAGAGUCGGUGGUAAUUUUAAAGCAAAACAGAUGCUACGUGUCGGAAGCAACAAAACAGGAAGUAGGUCGCCUUCACCUGGAGUAAGUGGACGGAAAUCACGUGACGUUAGUACGUCACAAAAGAUAUCACCGUGGUGUUGUUUGUGUCCCAAGGUCAAGGACAAAUCAAUGUCAUCCGGUCAGGCUUCAGUCAAAAUAAGAACCGGUAAAUCGACAAAACAAUCUAAAAAUAGUGCAAAAAAUCCGGAAAAGUCCAAAUCAUGCUAUUGCUGUUGUAGACGACAAAAAGAUAACGACAGGUCACAUGACCGAGUUCAGAGGUCAAAUAAGAAACGGGACUGCUGCCCUUGGUUCAAAGGAAUGUGUAAGAAACCAAAGUUUUUUAAGAGUGUCGUCAUCCACGCCUGCUCAAAGCUGGCAUUCCUCAUAGCCCAGGUCUACAUGCCGCUCUACCUCACUGAAUCUCUGGCCAUGGGCAAGAUAUCUACGGCCAUAAUACCUCUUGUCGUGUACAUAUCUGGAUUCAUAGCCACCUUGGUGACAAGGAAAAUCAACGCCAAAUACGGCCGAAAGCGAACAUUUGCUAUAGGAGAAGGCUGUGUUUUGGGAGCGUCCGUCUGGCUAUUCUUUAUACCUGUCGAGACAAGUAGUCAGGUGUACGCCACUGCCUGUCUGCUGGGAGUCGGACUGUCCACACUACAGGUCCGAUCUGUGUCCAUGAUGACCGAUCUGACCGGAUCUCCUGUCGACUCUGGGGCAGCCGUGUUCGGUGUUAACGAGAAGAUUAUCCAGGCAGUUGCUGUCCUUUUGUUACAGGUCCUCAGUCCGUGCAGGCUGGAUGCGCAUUCGGACGACUGUAAGCUGUUCUAUAGGAGUAUCAUGCUAUCAAUGCCCGGGGGCUCCACAUUCAUCAGCUUCCUGGUGCUGGCGCUGGCCAAGGUCGUCGGUAUUGACGACGAGGAACAGGGACUUGAAGUGUCUGACGGUAACGCCAUAGAGAUCAGCUCAAGCAUCGCCGUUUAAUAAUGAAACGUCAGAAAGACAGACUCAAGAAUAUUUGUGUGAUAAUGUAACGUCAGGGAAAACAAACUCCAGCAUUGUUGUGUCACAAUGAAACGCCAUAAUGACAGACUCGGCAUAGCUGUGGAAGGUUGAAACGCGAAAGAGACAAACCUGGCAUCGCCAUGUUAUAACGAAACGCCAAAAUGACAGACUCGGCAACGCUAUGUCACAAUGAGACGCCAGCAUGACUAGGCAUAGCUGUGGGAUAUUGAAACGCGAAAGAGACAAACCCAGUAUUGCUGUGUUUUAAUCAACUUUAGCAUCGC